AUGAGCAGAAGAAACUCUCUUGAAAAAAUUCCAUAAUCAGCUAGAAAUUAAGGUAGAGGCCUUAAUAUUAUUGAUUUUAUUACAAAGCAGAACUUACAAGAUAAAGCACCAUCUACUAUUUUAUUGUCAGAUGAAUUGAAUAAAAUUAAAUCUUGUGAUAUGUGUUUAUAAUUAUAAAAUGAACUUGAUUAACAUGUUAAAUCAGAUAGAUUUUAAUAAGUUAUAGAGAAAUUAUGGCAAAAGUUUAGAAAAAUAGAAGAUGAGAAUUAAAAAGUGUUAAUAAAAAUAGGAAAUAUUGAAAGAUAACUAAAUGAAUAAUAAGAACUCUUAUAGAGAUUUAAUAAUUAAUUUAUAAGUAAUCAUGGAUUAGAGAAACCUUAACUACAAUGUAAUUACACAACAUUAGAUCAGGAAUAACUUGAAAGAUUAGAGAAGAAGAUUUCUAAGGAUGCAUAAAAAGGAAUUAAAAAUAUUGAAGAUAAUCUAAUCAAAAAUUAAAAUAAAGAAAUCUAAGCUAAAUUUAACUUAAUAUAAGAUUAUUAAUUAGAAACUAAUCUUAAGUUUACAAGUAUCUUUUAAUAAAUGGAUUUAUUAAAUAAUAAAUCAGAUAUAAUAGAAAAAAUCAAUACAAUCGAAGCUACUCUAAAUGAAAAUAACAAAUUAUUGAAUAGUAAUAAACUUAGUAUCUUAGAUAUGCAAAUAUAGGUAUAAUAUUAUAUUUUAACUAAGUAUAGUGAAAUAGAUUCUGAUCUAAUUAAAAUAUUUCAACAUAUUAAAACUUUGUUAUAAACUAAUUAUAAAGUAGAUCUAAUGGAAUAAUCAAUCAAUAAUUUGAAGUUUUAAUUAACUUAAAUUAGAAAUUCUGUAAAUGAAAUAGGAGAUUUAAUUUCAAAAAUAUGA